AUGCCAACCUUUGCUCCAUUCUCCCGUGUUCGAUCAGUCAAACUCCCGACGUUCAAACGGCACCCGUCACCUCCCAGGCCUUCAGUCUCGACCUCUGCAUCCACAAGUUCAAACACAAGUCCAAGUCCAAGAAGCCACACAUCCAGAAACCCAAGCUUAUCUAGAGGUCCAAGGAGCCCUAAAGAUAACAUUUCAGAAGCUGCCCACAGACCAAACCCUCGUCUUCGCACCGCCAGUAGCCCGACUUCGAACAGCUUUGCCGAGACUUUGCGAGUGAUCUCAAAAGAGGCCCAAAGUGGGCGGUUUAGUGAUGUAUUUGAUGCCUUCUUUUUCACCGACAAGCGAUGCCAGAACAGAGCCUUUUUUAUGGCCGCCCGUCUAAAGCAAACCUUACUGCCGCUCUUGAAUUCAAGCACUGACAAUAAUCAUAAUGACGCACUCUGGAGAUUGAUUACCUAUAGACUUUACACAUUCAACUACAUCCUCUUUGUCCUACCUGCCACCUGCGAAGACCGCCUUGAUCUGCUGAGCCGGCUCGAGACUGAAUUGGCCCAACAGGGCGAUGGUCAAGACUUGCAUCGGAGUGGAGGAAUGGAAGCUCACUUUGCGGUCAGAUAUGCACUUUGUAAUGCCAAACGUCACCGCCAACGCCAACGCCGGCGCCGAACUUUACUUGAGGAUGCAUUUGAAGCAGAAAAGGCUCAACAACAGCAGAGUCAGCUGUCGGGUGAGGAAGAUGUGGAUUAUCUUGUUUCCCGAGCCAGACAGACUCUGGAACAUUGUUUGAAGAGUGAGUCUAAACUGGGGCCGACUGAACGAGACGCGAUGUAUGUAUUCCAUGGAAUGCGAGUUGGGUUGCACGGUGCAUUUGAGCCAAAGAUUGAAUUGGGUCCCAAUGAGAGCCAGUUAUCACAGAGACUACACCAGGCCGUGAUAGACAGUCAGGCGAUUGCAAAUCUAGAGUAUGUCAACCCAUUUGAGGAUUCCAAUUGCAUUGUGACCGAAGAUGAAGACCAGAAUGAAGACCAAGAUGAAGACAAGAGCUAUACUAUGAUUGAUGUUGAUAAUAAUCAUCAAGCGGCAAUUCGUCCGAGGUCUUUUGUGGACAGUAAAUUCUAUGAAGUACAACAUCAACAACCAACGGCUGUUCGGUACGCUUCCUAAAUAAGACAGUCUUAUACUUUACUAUCCGCCAAUCUUUCCUUUCUAUUAUUAUUAUUAGUAUUAGUAUUAGUAUUUUAUUUUUCUCUUUGAUAUAUGUAUAUAGGCAACUACACCUUUCUUUCUUUUUGUAACCUCUUUAUUUUAUUCUCACACCAUGUAAUCACAAGUCCACCAAUAGACCUCAUAUUAUAAUUAUAAUUAUAAUAAAUAAAUAUAUAUAUAUAU